UGUAAAUCGGAUACUGUUACAUUAUAGUCGAAAAAUAAAUUAUAUGUCAUCUUGUCAUAAGAUUAAUACGAAGAAAAUUUUGCAACUCUUUAUUUCAACACAUCAAGCAUGCUGUGCAGAAGUAUCUAGAUACAAUCUUGUUAUAGGUCGUGUAUAUACUGGUUAUUGUAUAAUGGUAUUGCCCAUAUCAUCGAUUAUUUUGGUUCAAUUAUGGGCAAAUAACGAUGACGAUUCUUACAAAAUAAUGAUGUAUAUGUUCUAUGCGGUUACCAUUGUUGUAAUGUUUUCCGCACAAUUACUUUUCAGCCAUUAUUCAGCAAUAUUACAUCAGCCUUAUUUACCAUUCUUACAUUUACAUGAUCAUAGUGUAAAAUUUAAUAAUUAUCAUUCAUUACAUAUAAAAUCAUUAACAUAUGGCUCUACUAUACUUGGUACUGAUUGGAAAUUGGGUAUCACAUUCGAUAGAUAUAUAAUGACAAUGACACAUCAUGGACUUUUACAGUGUAUAUUUUUAUAUGUUCAAAUGAUAUUAAUCACUCAAACUUUGUUAACAAAUCGUUUAUGAUCAAAUUCUUUUCAUCGUUCAUUC